GAACCACUAGCUACUCCUAAGUCUCCGACCUCGCCUUCCGCGGCUCCGCCCCAACCCAAAACGCGCAAACCCUAGCUUCGGCUUCCCCGGCCUCACCCUCUCCUCCGCAGACCAGUUUACCUGUCCUGCCGGCCAAGAUGUCGUCGUCGGGCGGCGGCGGGGGGCAGCAGUUCCGCUAUACGCAGACGCCGUCGAAGGUGCUCCACCUGCGGAACCUGCCGUGGGAGUGCGCAGAGGAGGAGCUCGUCGAGCUCUGCAAGCCCUUCGGCCGCAUCGUCAACACCAAAAGCGGCGUUGGCGCCAACCGCAACCAGGCCUUCGUCGAGUUCACUGAUGUUAAUCAGGCAAUCUCAAUGGUUUCUUACUUUGCAUCAUCUUCGGAACCAGCACAAAUUCGAGGCAAAACUGUUUACAUUCAGUAUUCAAAUAGGCAAGAAAUAAUUAACAACAAGAGCCCUGGAGAGACUGCUGGAAAUGUGUUGCUUGUUACCAUAGAGGGUGUUCAAGCUAGUGAUGUCACCAUUGAUGUAAUCCAUAUGCAGGCCCAUGUUAACACGGAGAAAAUGUCGUUAUCAACACCUGCAAUUGGAGAGAUACCAUGUUUGUUUUGCUGCCUCUGUCUUCUAAUUAGUACAUUCAAAGUUCUUAUGAACUCCCAUGUCUCGUCUUGAGGAUGCAAUCUAUAAGUAUCCUCCAUCAACGCGCUUAUCCCCGGUGUAGGGCACCUCCCUGUUUAUCCAAGUUACUGAUGAAAGGUUUUCUCAGCAUUUGGAUAUGUUCACAAAAUAGCCACCUUUGAAAAGGCUGCAGGUUUUCAGGCAUUGAUCCAGUAUACUGAUGCAGCCACUGCUUCGGCUGCUAGAGAAGCCUUAGAUGGAAGGAGCAUCCCAAGUUACUUGCUUCCACAGCAUGUAACAUCCUGCUGCUUGCGAAUUUCUUUCUCUGCACAUCAGGAUUUGAACAUCAAGUUUCAGUCAAACCGCAGCAGGUAAAGCCUACAAUUUGUUCUCUUUGAGUUAUUUAUCCCUAUUUCUGAUAGAGGAUCCAUCCUUAUGCCCCAUGCCCUCGUAAGUUGUUUUAUCAUUCACCGGUUUAUGUUGUUUAAGUCUUAGCAGAUCUUAAUGUAAGUGCCAAACAAUGAUUCGUUGGCAACACAUGAGAUUAUGUAUAUCAAAUUGCUGACACCUAGCUUGGCAUGUUUUUAAACUUUGUAGAAUAUAUCAAUGAGCUUUACUGCUUUGCGAAGCUCUAAUUGCCUCAUUUACACGUUUAGGACCUUCUUAAAAUAAGUAUACAUCCAUUGAGUAUUGUUGCACAAAAAGUUUUGUGCCUUGCUUUGUUUAGAAAAGUAAAUUAUAAAACUACAGUGGAGGAGUUCCUUUGUUUCAUGUUUAUUGUUGAUGUACAGAACCAUUUGGCAUGGCCUCAGUUUGAGAAGUUAAUAUCCAGGUAAUCUCCCAACUGUGUAACAACUACGAGGAGCCUACAAACUACAUCCAAAUAAAUUUUUGCAAUUUUCUCAGCCAUGUUAAAAGAACUACUUGUCUCUUCAGCUUCUGAAGUGCACACCCAUUUUUCUCUUGCUUGUCUUUAGGGCUGGGCAAAAAUUCACUGAAAUUGAAGGACCGAACCGAAGCCGAACCUCCAAAAUUAUCAUUUUUUCAGUUAUCGAUUCUCGGUUCAGUCCUGGUUUUUAUGUUGUUUGGUCUUUGGUUUUUAACUCUCAUACACCAAAACACCGAUGACCCUGAAAUUACUCCCAGGAUCCCACCUUUGCCAAAGCCUGCUAGCCACCAGCCCGCCACCUCGGCCCAAUUAAACACAGCGCUCAAGAGCCCAUAUCCUAUCAUCCAAGCAGCCUGGUCCAUUUCUUUCCAUAUCCUUAACGCUCUUGUUGUCCUGCUCCCUGCUCCUUGCUCCUGCAUCUGGCUGCGGCGGCGGCGUGCAGCGUGGAAGAGAAGACGGCGGUUGCGGAGCAGAAGACGCCAGCCGUGGCAGUGCCCGCGGAGGUAGGCUGUGGGAACGCAUGGCUAGCUGGCCACGGCAGGGCGGAGUGAGACUGCGAACAUGCUACAUGAGCUUGCGGCUAUGAUGAGAUGCCGAUCCUAGCCAGUUGCGAGAUAAGAGCUUGUUGGCUUGUUAAUCGUGAGUUUCUUCAUGUUUUGUUGACUUCUGUUCCAGGAAUUGUGAACUUUGUUGUGUUGUAACUUGUGUGAGGGAUGUGAACUUGUUAGCUUCUGCUAUGUGUUGGCAAUUCAGCUUUCAUCUUAAUCUUGAAUUGAUGAAUUGCUUAAGGAUGUGCGCUCUGUUCUAAAACUUCGGUGCAGUUUGGUGUCCACCAAAAACCGAACCAAUUUUAGUGACACCGAACUCGUCGGUUUUUGGUUGUCUUACACGGAUCGGCUCUAGAUUUCUUUACACCAAAGUUUUAGUAAACCGAGCGCACCAAACCGAAAUGUCGGUUUAAACCGAUUGCCCACCCUCUAGGCCUCUACUUGUCUUAGAGAUUGUAAUGGUUAUUGACCGUUAUACAUAAUUCAGUAAGCCUUCUGGAGCUUUAUUUGGUUGAGGCGAAAGUAUUUUCUUUUUAUUGGAUUGAAGUGAAAGUAGUCGAUGACCAAUGUUCACAUUGAAGCUGAAAGUUUUUGUUUGAGUAUCUGUGCUUCCUACUGUAGCUGGUCAAGAGUGAGGUUCUCUUUGUAUGGGAAUCAAUAUUGUUUCUCAAUUUUCAUACACCAUAUUACCAUGUGGACCUGUAUUUUUCUAUACUCUGGGAUCAUUUGUCGAAGACACUAAUUAGAUGUCUGGACCUGUCAUGCUAGGAAGAAGUACAAAUCUGUACAUAUCACAUGAUUUGCCUAUUCCAAUCUUAUUACUUUAUUAGUUUUUUUUUACUCGUGCAAGUAUAUGCCAAUUUAGAUUGUAUCUUGUUGGAGACAUGCUUUUGUUUUAAUAAGCCAUUGUUUGAAGCUCCUCUUUUGGUGUUAUCUUGCAGGGAUUAUAACAAUCCAUAUCUUCCAAUUAACUAUUCUGCCAUGGAUGGUACAUUACAGCCUGCUGUUGGUGCUGAUGGAAAGAAAGUGGAGGCUCAAGGCAAUGUUCUUCUUGCAUCAAUUGAGAAUAUGCAAUAUGCCGUUACAGUAGAUGUUCUUCAUACUGUUUUCUCAGCGUUUGGUGCAGUCCAAAAAAUAGCUAUUUUUGAGAAGAAUGGUGGCACACAAGCUUUGAUUCAGUAUCCUGAUGCAACUACAGCUGCAGUUGCGAAGGAAGCAUUGGAAGGUCAUUGCAUCUACGAUGGUGGCUACUGUAAGCUUCACCUGUCAUACUCUCGUCAUACUGGUCUGAAUGUAAAGGCACAUGGUGACAAGAGCAGGGAUUACACAAUUCCGCCUGGUGUAAUCCAAGGGGUGCCACAACCACCUGGUGCAGCAGCUACAUCCACUGGGUGGCAAGGUAAUAUUCAAGGAGCUGGGGCAUAUGCCCCACCCGGUGUCCCUGCCCAAAGCCACAGCGGCAAUGGACAAGUACCAAGUUGGAAUUCCGGCAACUCAGGGUAUCCCCCAGCCCCAGGAGCAUAUCCAGGUCAGAUGUACUCAUCUCCAGCACCGUAUGCAGCAUCCGGGGGCUUCCCUAAUACCCCACCCGCUGCUCCUCCGCAUUACGCUGCAUCAUGGGGCUUGCCGACCCAUCUUGCUGCUCCGCGGCAUGAGUUGCACACUUCACAGCAGAUGCCACUUCAGCAUGGAGGAAAUCAGUCUGGACCGGCAGGCGCACCUGCAACCAGUCAACCACCACCACCACCAUCGUACUAUCAUUAAGUUAAUUCUUUUUAUGUUACUGUACUUUUGGUUGUUUCCAUUGAGUUCAACUCAUAUAGCACACUGCCAUACUGCCAUCCAAGCAUGUUUAGAUGGCAGUGGUAAAUGAUAGAUAUGAACAAAUACAUGAAUAUGCUUUGGUUUUUCAUUCACCGUCAAAAUCAGCCACUGUCGCUUCGUAUUUUCA